UUUAGUCCGAUCAAAGCUCCCUAUAACAUGCCUUAACAAUGAGACAUAGAAACCACACAAAUUUGCGUCUUUGCCAUUGCCAUGGUCGACUUCCCCAAAUCUCUAUCUCCGAAGCGAGUUCUGAAGCUCCUCCAAGCCGAAAAGAACCCGCACUCCGCCCUUGCUCUGCUCGACUCAGCGAGUCGCCACCCGAACUACAACCAUUCGCCCGACGUCUUCCACCACAUCCUCCGCCGCCUCCUCGACCGGAAACUUGUGGCCCACGUCGACCGGGUCGUCGAGCUGAUUCGGACCCAGAAAUGCAAGUGCCCCGAGGACGUGGCAUUGACUGUGAUCAAAGCCUAUGCGAAAAACUCAAUGCCCGAUAAAGCUUUGGCUGUGUUUCAACAAAUGGAAGAGAUUUUUGGGUGCGCGCCUGGUAUAAGGUCGUACAAUUCGCUGCUUAAUGCUUUCAUUGAGUCCAACCAGUGGGAACGAGCUGAGAAGUUUUUUGCUUAUUUUGAAACGGUGGGUUUGUCGCCGAAUUUGCAGACUUAUAAUAUUUUGAUCAAGAUUUCGUGUAAGAAGAAGCAGUUUGAGAAGGCCAAAGCGUUGCUAAGUUGGAUGUGGGAAAAGGGUUUGAAGCCUGAUGUGUUUAGUUAUGGGACUUUGAUCAAUGGGCUCGGGAAAAGUGGGAACUUGUGUGAUGCUUUGGAGGUGUUUGAUGAAAUGGUUGAAAGAGGGGUUAGUCCUGAUGUGAUGUGCUAUAAUAUUUUGAUUGAUGGGUUUUUCAGGAAAGGCGAUAGUGUGAAUGCUAAUGAGAUUUGGGAUAGGCUGGUAAGGGACUCAGAGGUUUAUCCUAAUGUUGUUACUUAUAAUGUUAUGAUCGAUGGUUUGUGCAAAUGUGGGAAGUUCGAUGAGAGUUUGGAAAUAUGGAAUAGGAUGAAGAAAAAUGACAGAGGGCCUGAUUUGUUUACUUGUAGUUCUUUGAUUCAAAGGUUAAGUGAAGCAGGGAAUGUAGAUGGAGCUGAGAGAGUUUAUAAAGAGAUGGUUGGGAAAGGGCUAUCACCGGAUGUAAUUGUCUAUAAUGCAAUGCUCAAUGGGUUCUGUCGAGCUGGGAAGGUCAAAGAGUGCUUUGAGUUGCGGGAGGUGAUGGAGAAGCGCGGUUGUCAUAAUGUUGUGAGUUAUAACAUAUUCAUUAGAGGGUUGUUUGAAAACGGGAAGGUCGAAGAAGCAAUUUCUGUCUGGGAACUAAUGCAUGAGAAGGGUUGUGUUGCAGAUUCCACAACCUAUGGAGUAUUAAUCCACGGACUGUGUAAGAAUGGGUACUUGAACAAAGCUUUAUGGAUUUUAAAAGAGGGAGAAAAUACAAGAGCUGACCUAGAUGCCUUUGCUUAUUCCUCAAUGAUUAAUUGGUUAUGCAAGGAAGGGAAACUAGAUGAAGCAGCCAGGCUAGUUGGUCAGAUGGAUAAGUGUGGCUAUGAACCGAAUUCUCAUGUUUGCAAUGCAUUGAUAUAUGGGUUUAUCCGAGCUUCCAAACUUGAAGAUGCCAUUUUCUUUUUUAGGGGAAUGCGUACAAAAUUUUGCUCUCCAAAUGUCAUCUCCUACAAUACUCUCAUAAAUGGAUUAUGCAAAGCAAAAAGAUUUAGUGACGCAUAUUUGUUUGUGAGGGAAAUGCUGGAAGAAGGAUGGAAGCCGGAUGUGAUCACAUACAGCUUGUUAAUGGAUGGCCUUUGUCAAGACAGGAAGAUUGACAUGGCCCUCAACUUGUGGCAUCAAGCUCUUGACAAGGGAUCUGAGCCUGAUGUAACUAUGCAUAACAUUAUAAUUCAUGGGCUUUGCUCUGCGGGCAAAGCUGAAGAUGCUUUGCAGCUUUAUUUUCAGAUGGGGCGUUGGAACUGUGUUCCAAAUCUUGUGACCUACAACACCUUGAUGGAGGGGUUUUACAAAAUUAGAGACUGUGAAAAGGCAUCAGAAAUUUGGGCCCGCAUUUUUAAAGACGGGCUACAACCAGAUAUCAUCUCCUAUAAUGUUACACUCAAAGGGUUUUGUUCAUGCAGCAGAAUAUCAGAUGCCAUUAGGUUUUUAGAAAAGGCUUUGCAUCUUGGAAUUCUUCCAACUUCCAUAACGUGGUACAUACUUGUUAGGGCAGUGCUCAACAAUGAGGCCACUUAGUACUCUUCUUGGGUAUAAAGUAGCAUGGAAAUAAUUCAUCCCAUGCAUUGCUUCAUCUGGUAUUGUACGAGGAUUCUCUUUUCAGAUUUUGUUUGGCAAUAUGCACAACGAAAUAUUCUUCACGCUGAACAUGCUUUUCUUUUGAAAGUGACAUAAGGUUGGAUGCUGAGUUCUUUUAUUGAUCAGGUCACUAUUUGGCAGAAGUAUGACAGUAGCGCAGGUCCUGAUGCAGUUUGGAUGCCAAUUUCUUUUAUCCAUGCUGGAUGAGACGUCAAGUCAGCAUUUGGUACAAGUGUGACUUUCACACAAUCUGUAUCAACAACCUUCCUCACCGGACUUUAAUAUGACCUGAGCAACCAAACCCACAAAAAUUGCGCCGAGAACUGCAACUUUUCUCCAAUCAGGCGUUGAAGUGAUGAAGGAUUCAACGAUUUGUAUGAGUAGCAGGCCAAUCAG